CUAUAGAAUCUCCCUGUGAUGAAAUAUUCUGUGCCACCACCAUCUUCCUGAAUACGGGUGUGGAUUUCCCUUUAAAGGAGAAGAAAAUUGCUUCUCUAACUGUUGACUCCUCACUGCACUGUGAAACCAUUAGGAAAAAUCCUUGUGGUUAAAAGCUGAGGCUUCAGAGUGUAACCUGCACUUGGGCCUAGAAAUUAAUUUAAAUGGCGACUGAUACGUCUGAAGCUGAACUCGUCCAUCCUAAGGCACUCCCACUCAGAGUAGGAGCUCAGCUGAUCCACGCGGACAAGUUAGGUGAGGUUGAAGAUAACACCAUGCCCAUUCGUCGAGCUGUGAAUUCUACUCGGGAAACUCCUCCCAAAAGCAAACUAGCUGAAGGUGAGGAGGAGAAACCAGAACCAGACAUAAGUUCAGAGGAGUCUGCUUCUACUGGAGAAGAACAAGAAAAUGAAACUCCACCUGCUACGUCAAGUGAAACUGAACAGCCAAAGGAAGUGGAGAAAGAGGAAAAGGGAGAAAACAAGCCUUCUGAAGAAACCAAAAAGGAUGAGAAAGAUCAGACUAAAGAAAAGGAGAAGAAAGUGAAAAAAACAAUCCCUUCCUGGGCUACUCUUUCUGCCAGCCAACUUGCUAGGGCACAGAAACAAACUCACAUGGCUGCUUCCUCACGCCCUAAAAUGGAUGCAAUCCUCACAGAGGCCAUCAAGGCCUGCUUUCAGAAAACUGGAGCAUCAGUUGUUGCCAUUCGAAAAUAUAUCAUUCACAAAUAUCCUUCACUGGAGCUGGAGAGAAGAGGCUAUCUUCUUAAGCAGGCACUGAAGAGAGAAUUACAGAGAGGAGUCAUCAGACAGGUAAAAGGAAAAGGAGCUUCCGGGAGUUUUGUGGUGGUCCCAAAUGCAGGAAAAACUGUUCAGAAGUCUAAAGACAGAAAGAAGAGUAGUUCUACAUUAGCUCCAGAACAUCAGGUAAAAUUGGAAGAUGUUCUCCCGCUGGCCUUCACUCGCCUUUGUGAACCUAAAGAAGCUUCCUACAGCCUGAUCAGGAAAUAUGUGUCUCAGUAUUACCCUAAACUUAAAGUGGAUAUCAGACCUCAACUGUUAAAGAAUGCACUGCAGAGAGCAGUAGAGAAAGGCCAAUUAGAGCAGAUCACAGGCAAAGGAGCUUCUGGGACAUUCCAGCUGAAGAGAUCAGGGGAGAAACCCCUGCUUGGUGGAAGUCUGAUGGAAGAUGCAAUCCUGUCUGCUAUUGCUGCCAUGAACGAGCCGAAGACCUGUUCAACAACUGCUCUGAAGAAAUAUGUCUUGGAGAACCACCCAGGGACCAAUUCUAAUUUCCAAGUGCAUCUACUGAAAAGAACCCUACAAAAAUGCGAAAAGAAUGGAUGGAUGGAACAGAUCUCUGGGAAGGGGUUCAGUGGCACCUUCCAGCUUUGUUUUCCAUAUUAUCCCAGCCCAGGAGUGUUAUUUCCAGAGAAGCAGCAAGGUGAAGAGUCUGAGGAGUCUGAGGAUGAUGAUUCAGAAGAAGAAGAUGAGGAAGAUUCAUCUGAGGAAGAAGAAUCUGAAGAUGAUGAACCACCACCUAAGAAAAGAUUGCAGAAGAAAGCCCCAGCUAAAUCCCGAGGGAAAGCCACCUCAGCAAAACAAAGAGAUUCAAAACCUAAGCCCAAAACCCCUGCUGCCCAGCGAGGAAAAGCCAGACCACCCCCCAAGAAAGCCCCACCCAAGGCCAAAACCCCUGCCAAGAAAACCAAACCAGCCCCACCAGCCAUCAAGAAGUCUGGUAGCAUCUCUUCCAAGAAGCCAGCAGCAAGUGGGAAGAAGGAUGGGAAGUCUUCCACCAAGGGCAAAUCCAGGAAGUCUCUCAGAGCAAAGAAGUGAAAUGGCAGGCCUGGGGCACCAUGGCGAAAUUCAGCAUCUUAUUUCUGAAGGUCAUUGUGCAUUUGUUUUAGUUUCGAUGCUUUUAAAAUUGCAUUUUUUUUCUUUGAAAAGCAAGGGGAGGGAAGUUAAAAUAAACCAACUUAAGUCAUUUGUUAGCUUUAGGUACUAUUCUCGGUACCUGUCCCUCUCCUCAGUCAUUUUAGUUUCUGCAACAAUUCAGGACUUUUCUAGACCAUGUAAUCUCUACUUGUUCUUUUUUCUUUUCCGUCUCCCCCAACCCCUUUUUCUUCUUUUAAGUGGUGAGCUUAGGCUUUACUAUUUGGUUUUCUUUUAAACAAUUGCAAAGAAGAUUUUUAUAUUUUUAGAAAGCUUCAGGAACAGAACAAUGUGACAUCAGGUACUAGAAGUAAAGAGGGAGGCAAUGUGACAUUUCUAUCUUCAGGGUCUUCUGUGUUGUAGCUGUAGAGCUUUCUUUUAUUAGUGAAAGUGUUCCGCCAACUCUCCGACAAGAAACAGAGGGGAUUCUUUUAGCUUUUGAGAAAUAGCCACAUAUAUUAUGAUCCCAUUAAAAUCUGAAAGGAUGAGGCUCCCAUGGGCCAUUUGUUAUAAUGAGAAGCUUCCUGUUCUCCUAACCAGCCCAGGCCAGAGCAGUCCUUCCACAUCAAGCACAAUUCUCACAUCACUUGGUUUUUUGGUUAAAUGAUAUUACAGAAAUGCAUUGUUGCUGUGAUUCUUCAUGUCAUCGAUCUGUUACUGAAAAAUAUAGCAUAUAAAAAUCUUCUUAAUCAAAUGUUAUUAUAUAUAUAUAUAUAUAUGUAUUAUUUUUUAAGACUUAGUGCCUGAGUUGUCAUUUCCUAUUUGCUGUUUUAAAGGGAAAUAUUGGAGAGUUAUAUAGUUGCUAAUGUAGAGAUGCUGAUAAGUGGGAAAACAUGCAGUUUGCUAAAAUAAAUGAAACUAGAUUCCAGACCCAUCUUGUCCCCUUCUCCCGCCCCACCUUCCUUUGCUCAGCACCUUUAACGUCAUUUGGGUGGCUUCGUCUCUGAGAUUUUUUUUUUAAGUAAAUGAAGCCUGACUACCUAACCCUUUUUUCUUUGUAUUUUGUUUUGGUAUUGUGAGGUUGUGUUAAAUAUUACUAAGCUUUCUAUCUGAGAAAUUUCCAUUUCUGAUUCUUAAUUUAACUUCCCUGUGGCACUUAAAAUUUUUAUUGUCUUAAGAUAUUCAAUGUACAUUUUCUGGUCCUUUGAGUACUGCCAGAGGCUAAACCUGUUUGUUUCAUAUUCAUUCCACGUGACGUCUGUUUUCUGAGAUCCUUUCUGUAGCCUCAGUUUGGCUAGGGAAUGGACUUGCGAAGAUUAGCUUGAUUUAGAUUCAUACUCAUGUGUGAUCCCAUCAUGAAUUUAUUGGAAUUUGUGUUGCAUGUAAGGCAAUCUUUCCUGUUGUAAAUCUUCCUUUUUUAUGUACAUAUAUUUUGAAAAGUAUGAAUAAACAUGAAAUUUAAAAAGCUG